AUGAAGAGCAACGACAGCGAAGUAAAUUCAUCAAGGUGGAAUCAUUGGAAGAAGGCAACAAAAAUCACUCAAAAGAAUGAUAGAGAGUAUCAAGACCUAAUCUCUUAUCUGGAAUUGUGGAGAUAUGACAUCCGUAGCAUCGAGGAGAAAUUUGGCACUGGGAUCAAGUCCUACUUCUCUUUCCUGCGGUUCCUGGUGGUGUUAAACGUCAUCAUCUUCCUUCUCCUGUUCGGCUUCAUCACCCUCCCGACGGCUCUUGCUAAAUACGGAGUUGUGAAUGGCAGCUACGUGAAAGUUCCCCCAGAAACAGGGCCAGAAUGCACCGUUUACACCAUCGGCAACACCAAGGGACUGGUCCACUUCUACAGUUACAUUAUAGACCUGCUAUCUGGCACGGGGUUUCUUGAAAUGACGGCCUUUUAUGGCUAUUACUCGGUGGAUAACGUACCUUUGGGGCUGCUGGAGUACCACGUGCCGCUGGGGUAUUUGCUGAUCACGCUGGCUUACCUUUCGAUGAGCUUCGUCUGGAUUAUCAAACGCUCAGUGGAAGGUUUUAAGCGAAGUUUGAUAUACAACGAAGAUCCGUUUCAGAGCUACUGCAAUAAAAUUCUUGCUGGCUGGGAUUUCUGCAUCACAGAUGAAAACGCUGCGCGGCUGAAACAAAGUAGUUUACUUUAUGAACUUAAAACGGAUUUGCAGGAUGAACGGUUAAGACAGAGGGCAGCAGACAGAAGCCUCAAAGAGGAAACACGGAUGUAUUCUUUGAGGAUCUUCUUAAACUGUGUCGUUUUGGCUGUUUGGGCUUGGUUUUAUUCCAUCUACAGAGUAACCGUCUAUUCACAAGAACACGCUUUCCCAGUAAGUAGCAAGCGAUGUUUGAAAUUAUGCUCUGCUCUUUGUCCAUACUUGCCUUCUAUGGUGAUCACUGUCGCGAACUUUUUUGCCCCGCUGAUUUUUUCAUUCAUCAAAUACGAAGACUAUUCGCAUCUUGAGAUACGGUUAACUCUGAUCAGGUGUGUCUUCGUGCGACUGGCCAACAUUGCUGUCCUUUUGUUUUCGCUAUGGACUCGAAUCACAUCCUGUGCUGACAAAUGCAAAACGUGUGGAUACAACUACCACCUUUAUCCAUGUUGGGAAUCCAGAGUUGGGCAGGAAAUGUAUAAACUGAUGAUUUUUGACUUCAUCAUCUGUGCUGUUAUCGUCUUCGUUGACUUUCCUAGGAAGCUGUUUGUGACCCAUUGUCCCAUCAAGGCCUUCCAGUGGGUUGGGUUGCAGGAGUUUGCCAUCCCGGACAACGUGUUGGAAAUAGUUUAUGGACAGACGAUCUGCUGGAUCGGAACCUUCUACUGUCCCCUCCUCCCAGCAAUUGCAGCCGUAAAAUAUUUCAUUGUCUUUUAUGUUAAAAAGUUGAGCCUGAUGCACACCUGUAAACCUUCAGCCCGGCCCUUCAGAGCUUCCAGUUCCAACUUUUUCUUCUUGGUGGUACUUCUGAUCGGCCUCGUUUUGGCGUUCAUCCCUUUGGGGCUCAGCAUGACACGCAUCCCUUCCUCUAAAGCCUGUGGGCCUUUUGUGAAUUUCAAUCAUUCGUGGGAUGUCAUUGGACACACCAUCCAGAAAUUCCCUCUCACGAUGCAAAGAAUCCUGAACGGCAUGUCUUCCGAAACGUUUGCUGUGCCUUUCUUCAUGGUUACCUGCUUCGUUGUGUUUUGUUUCAUCGCCUUGGCUGGAGCGCAUAAAAGAGUGAUUAAUCAACUGAGGGAACAAUUAGCUAUGGAGAGUCGGGACAAACUCUUCCUCAUCCAGCAGUUGACUAAAGCCCAGAUGCUUCGCGGGGACUUUUUCAAUCCCCUUGAAGGGAACAUGAAGUCCAAGCAAGGAGGGGCUGGCUUCAGCAGAUAACUGGACUCUCCCGCCAUCGCAAACUGGGACGGACACGUUCAGCUUGCUGUAGACGGAGGAUUUUCUGCGGCGC